CAGCAGAUGAGGGCCUUACUGCGCCUGCGCCGAAAGUGCUAACAGCUUUAGUUAGCUUUGUUAGCGUUGAAAACAGAAACCUUCCUGUCAGUUUUAAUUGGAUUUAACUGUUGAAUGUUAACUGUCGGUGUGUAAACCGCCGUGAAGCCUCGGUGCUUUACAACAAUUUAUCUUCUGAGACAAGCUAACAGCAGCUAGCCUGUUAGCUAAUGUAGCUACAGUUCAGAUACAAGCUAACAGCAGCUAGCCUGUUAGCUAAUGUAGCUGCACUUCAGAUACAAGCUAACAGCGGCCGGCCGGCAGCCAAUCAGAGGAUGAUAAAGUUCGUGCUGAUGGUGAACCGGCAGGGUCAGACGCGGCUGUCUAGGUAUUACACACCUGUGGAGCUGAGCAGGAGGGCGCCGCUGGAGGCCGACGUGGUUCGCUGCUGUCUGUCCCGCAAGAAAGACCAGUGUUCCUUUGUGGAGUAUAAAGACUUUAAACUGGUUUACCGCCAGUAUGCUGCUCUCUAUAUCGUGGUGGGAGUCACAGACAGCGAGAACGAGCUCUCCGUCUACGAGCUGGUGCACAACUUUGUAGAGGUUUUGGAUAAAUACUUCAGCCGAGUGAGCGAACUGGACAUCAUGUUCAACCUGGACCGAGUCCACGUCAUCCUGGACGAGAUGAUCCAGAACGGACACAUCGUGGAAACCAACAAGAGCCGCGUCCUGGCGCCGCUCACCGCCCUCGACAAGAUGGCCGACGGCUAAAGUGACGUCAGGGACCGACAGACUGUAAACCUGCAGCGUUGUGUUUAAAGGUUUUAAUGUGAAGCUUCAUCAAUACAUCAGACGUCAACAUGAAGUUUCAUUGAUCAAUUAAUUAUUGAUCAUCAUGAAAUUGAUCGUUUGAAGGUUUGAACUCAGAAGUUUCACAAAUAUGUGAAAAAGUCAAAAGUUCAAACUGCUCCGAAACCAACUGAAGAUCAAUAAUGAUCAAUAAGACAUUUAUCAAGUGAUCACAUGAAGGAUCAGCCAAUCAGAUAUAUGGAUCGACCUGACGUCUGCUGUAUUGUACAUUUUUUUAAAAAUAAAUAAAAAGUAAAAAGUUUAUUUGUGAUUUUUUGUGAAUAAUUAAUCUGAUAUAUAUAUAUAUAUAUAUAUAUAUAUAUAUAUAUAUUAUAAAUAUGGUUGAAAGAACAGGAAACUGUGUGAAAUAGAAACUAAAUGGUGAGAAUUUAGUUCCACACUGAUAAGUGCAGAUCAAUGAAGAUGAUCAGAAAGUGAUUGAUUAUCAAGUCAAAGCAGAUUUAUUCUUGUUUGUUUGAUAAAUAUCAAUGAAAAAAAGGAAAAGUGAUGCAACAUCCUGUCAGAUGUACAAAUAAUAUAAAUAAUAAUAAAACUGAAGGACUUGUGAUGAUUUUAA